UAUUUUUCAAGUUGUUUCUUAGUAAUUCAGGUAUUUCAGAGUAGCUAAACGAAAAAAUGAUUUGGAAAAUUAUAAUUUUGUUGUUGUGUUUUAACGUUUUAGUGAAUACUUCUUCUUCUCCUUCUGCCUCUUCUUCUGGAUGUUUACCACUCGGUCCUUGUGUAAACAUUUUGAACGCGAUCGCAAUAAAUAAACCACCGAAAUUAAAAUAUUCACGUACUGAAGAUUGGAUAGCUUCACUAAAAAUUCAGGAGAUUACAGAUUGGACUAAUUUGAUAAUGGAACCUACUGAAGAACAAAUAAAAAAAACAAAGAAAAGAUUAGAAAGCAGUGGAUGUCCAAGUGGAGCUUCGGGUGUUAUUUCUAUGAACAGUCAAUUUUGUAACUGGCCUAAUCAUAUAAAAAAUACACGUCAAGAUAAUUAUGACAUAAAUGCUUUAAAAAACUUGACAUGUAGACGUAUUCCAGAAAAACCAAUAUUAUACGUGGGCAAUUCUGAUAACCGUUCGGUGGCUAUCCCAGGAAUUGUAUUCACUUUCGCAAGCCUUGAACCAUAUGUGGAACCUGCUUCCACCAGUAGGCCCACCAUAGAAUAAUUUCAAUAUUCAAAAGUCCAUUAAUUUUAAAAUAUAUAAACUGAUGUAAAAAAAUCUAAACAUUUUAAAGAAUAUUUAAAUUUUAGUUCAUUUAUAUAAGAAAGAAUAUUUAUAUUCGGUUUGUAAACCGAAUUUAUUUACAUACCUAUUACAUAAAUUAUACUACACUUAUCUAAAACUUGUAAUUGUCU